UAAAGGAACUCAAUUUGGAUACGAAUGAAUACUCAGUAUUUUAUAUGGAUGUUUCUGUUUUCAUUCUGAGUAAUUUUAUCGAUUCUAUCGUGGAAAGAUACACUAUUUGAAUUAUGAAGAAUAAAGUAUCUCAAGAGCUGUUAUGAACCUGUGACUUUUUCUUUCUUUCUUUUUUCUGGAAUUGGAAGCAUUUGCAAACUGACCGUGUAAAUCAUGCGAGAGUUUGCUGGAGUUCAGUCACGCCGUGAACCGAGCGGCUCCGCUCCCAGGAUUUACCUGCCCUUCAUCUUACUGCUGCUCAUGUUCACUCCCAGUGUGGACUCGUCUUGGUGGUACAUUGGUGCGUUAGGUGCACGGGUCAUAUGUGACAACAUUCCAGGGCUGGUGAACAAGCAGAGGCAGCUCUGCCAAAGACACCCAGAUCUCAUGCAAUCCAUCGGAGAAGGAGCCAAAGAGUGGAUACGAGAAUGCCAGCACCAGUUCCGACACCAUCGCUGGAACUGCAGCACGCUGGAGCGAGACCAUACUGUGUUUGGCCGCGUCAUGUUGCGCAGUAGCCGUGAAGCAGCAUUCGUUUAUGCGAUCUCCUCUGCCGGGGUGGUUUAUGCCAUCACCGGAGCAUGCAGUCAAGGAGAGCUGAAGAUCUGUGGCUGCGACACCAACAGGAGAGGCCGGACGAGCGAUGAAGAAGGCGACUUUGACUGGGGUGGCUGUAGCGACAACAUCAACUACGGUAUCAAGUUUGCCAAAGCUUUUGUGGACGCCAGAGAGAGGAUGGUCAAAGAUGCCAGAGCACUGAUGAAUCUGCACAACAACCGCUGUGGAAGAAUGGCAGUAAAGCGUUUUAUGAAGACUGAAUGCAAGUGUCAUGGAGUCAGUGGGUCAUGUGCUCUCAGGACAUGCUGGCUGGCUAUGUCUGAUUUCCGGCGAACAGGGGACUACUUGAGAAAGAAGUACAAUACUGCUGUAGAGGUCACCAUGAACCAGGAUGGUUCAGGCUUCAUGGUUGCUGACCGAGAUUACAAGAGAACGACCAAAAAUGAUCUAGUAUACACUGAGAACUCUCCAGACUAUUGUCUAAUGGACCGUUUGGCAGGUUCUCUGGGUACAGCAGGACGGGUGUGUAACAAGUCUUCCAGAGGCAUGGACGGCUGCGAGGUCAUGUGCUGCGGCCGCGGGUACGACACCACGCGUGUAAAUCGUGUGAGCAAAUGCGAGUGCAAGUUCAAGUGGUGCUGCGCUGUGGAGUGCAGGGACUGUGAGGAAACAGUGGACGUCCACACCUGUAAACCACAUAAGAAACCCGACUGGCUCGAUUUGACCUGACUGCCAUGACCAUGACCAAUCAGCAGAUACUGGUGCUUUUCUGUUCUCAGGUUUUUGAAGUGGGGCAACGCAUUGUGGAAUGUGUAGUUUCUGACUAUAACGCUCUGAUCUCCACUUGCAGAACCCUGAACUUUACCCGCCUUCAAUGAUGCAAGCGCAGAGAUCACAGGCCAGUCUGGAGCACUGGUAGACGGUUGGUGUCAUGGGAAAUCAUACAAUGGGCAUUGUCUGGUGUUUAAUAGAAUGAACUGUGAUCAGGACACAAUCCUUUCACUAUUUUCAAACUGUAAACACCUUUUACUGAUAAUAUCUGUGCC